AUGCCUCUUCUUCUUGAAAACUCCAGUAGAGCCGAGUUAUCCAUACGCAAUCGUUUCUUAGAAGGCAACCCCAUUUUUCCAGGUUGCUUUCUCUUAGAUAGUGUCAAGUUUCUUAAGAGCUGCCUGGAACUCAAAGAGAAAUACCACUUCACCAAAGAUGGCGUCCAUCUCUUCACAACCAGUAAUGGUGAACUCUACCAGGCCUUCUGUGACAUGACCACCGAUGGAGGUGGUUGGACCCUAAUUGCAAGUGUCCAUGAGAACAACAUACAUGGGAAAUGCACCACUGGGGACCGCUGGUCCAGUCAGCAAGGGGGUAAUGCCACUUCUCCAGCAGGAGACGGGUCAUGGUCCAACUACGCGACAUUUGGUUCACCAGAAGGAGCGACAAGUGAUGACCUGAAGAACCCAGGUUACUAUGCCAUAAAGGCCUCAGAUAUAUCAAUUUGGCACGUACCCAAUGACACACCGCUAAGCAGCUGGAAAGAUGCAGCAAUCCUCCGCUAUCACACCGAAACCAACUUCCUACAGCAGUACGGAGGAAACUUGUACCAGCUGUUCCAUCAAUACCCUGUCGAAUACAACAAAGGGAAAUGUCCAGAUGAUAAUGGGCCCUUAAGUCACAUCACUUAUGACUUCGGCAAUGGUGAAAAGAUCAAGCAAUUGUAUGGGCCUUUGAGUCACAGUGAAUUUGAACCAGGAUAUGUGCAAUUCAGGGUAUUCAACAAUGAAAAAGCAGCAAUGGCGAUGUGUUCUGGAGUGAAGUACAAUGGAUGCAAUUCAGAACAUGUCUGUAUUGGAGGUGGAGGAUACUUCCCUGAGGCAUCGCCAAGGCAGUGUGGAGAUUUCACAGCCUUUGACUGGAAUGGUGUUGGCACACACCAGUCAUGGAGUGCAUCGAAGGAGGUGACAGAGGCUGCAGUGUUGAUCUUUUACCGUUAA